AUGGUGCCUGGCGAGUCUGCGCUUUUUCGGGCGCGCCGCCCGCAGCGCUGCACUUUGAGGCGGAGUAAGGGCCUUUUGCUGGCGAGGCCAGCCGUUGCCUCGGUGUUCCUAGCCUCUGCAUUAUUCCUUCAGGGCUGUGGCGAGCCAGAAACGUGCUACCCUGAUGGCACAGCCGAGAGGGCAUGGUACAAUUGUCACAGCAAUGUAUAUUGUUCUUUGCAGGGCGAUGCGACCCGUCUCGGGUCGAUGUCGCUUGCAGACUGCAUGACUCAGUGCGAAACCAGAGACUGUUCGGUUAUCCAGUACGAUUGCGGCACAGAUUGUUGGCUGCUGGACAGCUGUGGACCGCAUGUGACCUCUGGCUGUGAGAGCAGUAUCUAUUACCGUGAUCGAAAUUGGGGAACGACCACAACGACUGAAGCAACAACUCAGGCUCAGACCCAGACUGGAGAAUGCGUGGCCGUCACCGCAUUGUAUGACUAUGCUUGCAGCCCGCGGAAGUACUGUGCGAAUCAAGGCGCCGCAACCUUACUGGGUGAGAUUCCGCUUGAGGAGUGUCUGAGCCGGUGUGAUGACACUUUUGCAUGCACUUCCGUGCAAUGGGAUUGCGGAGUUUCCUGCUGGCUGAUGGAAGCCGAGCCUUGUGGAGACGAGCUUGAUACAGUAUGUGGGAGUAGCCUGUACCAUAAGAUAAUCUAUCCUGCACCUACCACAAGAACCACAAAUGCAACCACCAAUACAACCACCACAACCACAACGACGACCACUUCAGCGAGAUUCAUCCUCCACACAGAGGGCUUGACCAACUGCCCCUCAAACGCAACGCCGGUUCUCAACGAAUCCGGCUGCCGAGAAGCCGCAACAGCUCUUGGUUACAUUCUCGCGAACACGGAGGACACGAACCAGUGGCCGAACGGUUGCUACAAAUGGACCCGCCAACCGGAGCUUUACUUCAACCUCAACGCUGGAAGUGGCAACGUGGAGGCGCAGGUCGUUUGCGAGACAAUGGGCAUAUCGACUACAACAACUACGACCACACUCGCAAACGCGACGACAAGCUCAGCUGCCACUCUGUCAUUCAGCCUCCUUUCACCGGGUUUGACCAGCUGCCCCUCAAACUCAGAGCCGGUUCUCAGCGAAUUCGACUGCCGAGAAGCGGCAAGAUCUCUGGGUUACACGUUUGCGAAUGCGGAGGACACGGACCAGUGGCCGAAUGGUUGUUACAAGUGGCUCUUGGCACCGGAGCUUUUCUUCAACCUCAACGCUGGAAGUGGCAACCCGAACGCACAGGUCGUUUGCCAGGAAGGCACUUCCACUGCCCCGACUACGACAUCCUCCGUUCAGCCUGGCAGCUGCAUCGUCACCUCUGCGGAGUACACUUGCACGCCAAGAAAGUUUUGCGAAUUGCAAAGCGAGGCACAACAGUUGGGACCAAUGAGCUUGGAAGGCUGUAAGGUCGCGUGUUCCCAGACUGAUGACUGCAACGCGAUCCAGUAUGACUGCAACACCGACUGCUGGCUGCUGCGAGCAUGUGGCGGUUUUGUGGACACCGUCUGCGGCAGUAGCGUGUACAUCCGAGAUCGGAACUGGCUGUGGGGCACAACCACAACAACAACAGUGUUUGGGCAAUGUUAUCCUUCCACUACACCGGAUGCGAUGCCAUAUCUAGACAGCCAGUGGGGGUGCACGCCCGCCGUCUACUGCUCAGAGCAGGCUUCUUCAGCAACAAGGUACGGAGCCAUGUCUCUUGAUCGUUGCAUGGCGCUCUGCCGCGCGGUCGGAUGCAAUUUCGUCCAGUUCGACUGCAACUCCGAUUGUUGGCUCAUGGAUGCUUGCGGAACAUUCGAAACGAGCACAUGCGGCAGCAGCGUUUACCAGAAAUUCGGCACAGCACCGCCCUACUUUGCAAUGAGUGACGUCGGGCCGUACCGAAGUGACCGUUUCAGUGCUUCCUUGUACGUCACCUACAGUAGCGCAUGCUCCGGGGAUGACUGCACCGUGGCGGCCGUGUGCCCUAUAUCACCAUCAAGCAACCUCCAGACCACAGUUCUGAAGUGCCAGACUAUCCCACCAGAUUCGGGUGACGGAAUCUCGGUGACUGAAUCUAACUGCACAGCAAAGGGAGGUGGCGAGCUACCGGCGAUCAUGGCCGAAGCGAUUUGCGUGGAAUCCGACUCCUUGAGCUCGCUUGUUACGACAUCGGGGUAUGGUGAAGGCGAUCUUCGCGCGACAUGCCCUGAUGGCUACUAUGCCUUUUCCUGCAACUGCUUUACAUCCUGGCUAGUGAGUGAAACUUGUGCCGGCUAUGCGUCCUUCGCUCCCAGAAUGAGUCCCCCGAUCUGGGGCAAUCCAUGGACGGGGACGGAUGGUUCUGACGCCAUGGCAUGGCAUGCCAUGGCAGAGCUUCUCUCUCUCGGCUUAGAGCCGCAGCUUGUCCAGUCCGCACAGCCCUACUGGGGUUCUGCGGAGUGCCAGCUCUACAGUCCGCCGGAAGUCGUCUCCCACCGAAGGCGCGGUGUAGGCAGAGUGCAAGCGCAGCUGAGCGCCCUUUGUGUUCGCGGCGCCCAACCUACGGUCAGGCUCAGCUACCGAGGGGAAGGCGAUCGGUGGCCUCUUCCAAACUCGACCGGGAAGGAGACGCAGUACUGUGGCUGGGCCACGAACACCAAAGUGACUAUUCUUCGGACAGAGUGCAAUCCGUGGAUGGAGGCUCCCAGCUCGGAUGGCGGAUGCUCUAAUUCGGAGUGCUUCGAUCUGGCAUCUUGCGUCCGCAUCUGCAACUCUUGUGGCUUCUGCAAAGGAGUCUUUUACAGUUUCGAUCAUCUUUCUUCUUCAUCGUUGCAGCGAUGCUACUUCACGGGGGACUUUGAAGUCGAGAAUGGGGAGAGCGACGAAUGGAACUACGGCUGGGGACAGUCUCCCAACAAGAGCCUUAAUGUGCCCCAGUCAGGAUCACUGCGAGAGGGAACAACGAGUGCCGCAUGGGCCCUGUACAUCAACACCAGGGAUGCCCGAUGUCGGAGGGACGACUAUGCCAUCUACGGGGUUACCUUCUUUGAGGAUCCACACUGCACCAAAAUCAUGGCUCCGAGCUCGAUGAACGUGUCUGGUGGUGGUCAGACAGAACUCCCAGUCGACUUCGGGGACUGGAGGAAGCGACUCCAGAACAUAAGCUUCGAUGAAUGCUAUGAGGAGAUGCAGGCUGGGAGGAAAUGUGAUGUGGAGUUUACUGCUGCGUUUCCACCAAAUAGCUCGGCGCCCCUUUGCGCCAUAGUUCAUAGCAGCUGGCUUUUCGGCCAGGGCUACAGCUCAGACUCUGGUGAAUCUCGGGGAUGGUAUCUUGCGGCCUAUGAUCAGCAGCUGGGUCGUGUGCGCCAUGGGACCGUCGCUUUCGAUGUGGAUGGCACCCACAUCCACAUGCCGGCCAUGCAAUGGUUUCGCCAGAACGUCUCGGAGCCGCAGCCGGGAGCGACGAUCGUGCUGUCAUCCUGGAUCGAGUUCGGCUGCUGGUACAAUGUAGCGCCUUGUCCCAAUGACGUCAAUUUUCCCGUGGACAUGUUUCCGCCGAUCGAGCAGCACAUUCGGGAGGCUCUCGCUUCCAUGUUGGCGCUGCCACAGCACCUGAUAAGCGUGAGGGAGGGGGAGUUCGGCCCAUGGGUUCCGGCGGACACGCGCGUUUACGGAUACAACGUGACGAUCCAUCUGGCAGUGGAAGAUCCUGUUCAAGCUUCCCUACUUCCAAGUCUGGUGGCUACCCUCGAGGACAUGCGCAGGAACUUCUACGACCUUUCGGAUGCGUUCAAGACCCGCCUACGGUACAAUGGUGUGCGCUUGUUUGACACCGCGCAGAUUAUGCGGGACACGGUGGUAUUUUGGAUUCCUCCUGCGACAAAGACGGCCUUUCCCACCACGCCCUCACCGUCGCCGUCACCAUCGCCUACACCAGCGCCUUCGCCGCCCGAAGUACCUGUGGAGGCUUAUGAGGACGACCCGACUCCGGCAAUCAUCGUGUCAAGCAUUGCCGGAGCGGCCAUCCUGGGAGGUGCAAUCGUCAUCUUCUGUUGCCAGGCGAGGAGGAGGAAUUGUUUCGGGAGGAGGAAAGCAAAACCGAGCUAUGCGGGUGGGCCGACGGCUGUGGUCAUCGGUAGCAAAGCGACGCUGCGCUCAGACAGCAAGGAGCUCGUGGAUCCUUUGAAUGAGAUGGCGAUGAAGAGCCUUCCAAGCUACUGGACCGGAGGCCGCGAGAGCGGAGAAGAAUCCAACGUCAGGGAGGACCUUGCCUUCGACGAGCUUCUAUAUGUAAAGCACGAGCACAUGGAGUUCUUUCAGGAGUUGGUCAACCACACCUACCGGCAGAUUACGACGCAAGAUCGUCUAUGCCCGACGGGCAAGCACGACAAGACCAGGGGUGGAUGCCCCUGUGUGCAGCCUGGUGGUACCCCCGGUCUGCCGACAGGCUACCAGAUCAAGCGUGUUAUCCGUGUGGAAGACUCUUCCAUGUUCACUCGCUACAUUGAUCGACGCGAGCAGAUCAAAAACUCCCGGUCGUCCUGUGAAGCUCCGGACCCUAAAAUUUUCACACGUGCAGCCAUGGAAGCCUCCAGUGGGUUGACCGACAUCUUGUGUGAUGUCGAUGACAGCAUCAACGAAGUCUACCUCUGGCAUGGAACGCAAGUUCGAACUGGCCUGAAGAUAGCUCAAGAUGAUUUCAGCCUGAAUUAUGCUGGUUCGGGGGCGGGGACGAUGUAUGGGAAGGGCUUGUACUUUACGGAGAGCUGCACGAAGGCCGACGAGUACGCCUUGGAUGAGCCGGGUGGCCACUACGACAGUGCGCGGGGCCUGCUCUUGUGCCGGGUGUGCUUAGGCAGCUUCCACUACACGUUGGAUCGCGAGCCAUCUGCCAUUGACAAGUACAGGAACGGCGAGUGUGACAGCACGAUUGGAGACCGUGCAAAAGCCGUAAAUACUUACAGAGAGAUGGUCGUCUACGAUCGCGACCAGGUGUAUCCAGAAUAUUUGGUCCUCUACGAGCGGCUUCAGAGGGGUGAAACACCCGAGCUGCCACCGAAGGAUGUGCCUUUCUUGCUCGAGCUGCCGCUAUAUUGGAAAAAUGUUGGCCGCAAUCCGUACACAGAAGGUUUCCGAGAACAUUGGAUAGUGAAGCCAAUGAUCCGCCAGCUCAUUCAGCGCUUGGCCAAUGGCUCUUGUGGAAGGGACGGUGGAGCGCCAAAGGUGGUCCGGGCAAGGCGCGUCGAGGACUCAAACCUUUGGUGCCGCUACAUUGACUGGAAGCGAUCUUUAGGUGCACAACUCCAGGCCAACGGUGACCUCAAAUGUACGCCUCCCAAUGAGCUCGACGGAAACCCCGAAUCCGGCCAUGCCCUGACGGCCACAAUCCUCGCAGAGUUCCAUGGUGACGAGGCCAUCUCUGUGGAGAACAUGGCACCAGGUUUGAAUGAGAUGCUUCUCUGGCACGGCACCUCACAGAAGUCAGCAGAAGCUAUUUCCGAGGAAGGCUUCGAGGUCAAGAAGAGUGGCACGCACGGUCGUCGCUUUGGCCAUGGGGUUUACCUUGCAGAGGACUUGAACAAGAGCCUCAGCUAUUGCACUGCAGCGAACAACGUGAAAUAUGUUCUACUCUGUCGAGCAGUCUGCGGCCACAUGUACUACACCGAGAAGCACUGGCACUCUGAUGCGACGAGCGAAGCCACAGCACGCGGGAAACACUGCGUGUUGGCGAAUCCAGAUCGUUCUGGCCCCAGAGAGUAUAUCGUCUUGCAAGAGUCCCAUGUGUACCCGGAGUACAUCGUGGAGUUUGAAGACUGA